ACACCCUUAUGCAUCUCGUCAUAAACGAAGUCCUCAAUUGCAAGGAGGUGAGCUAAGGAAGGACAUCCUCAACUCAAACAAACACAGCCGAUCAGUCUCUGGUGCUUCCCUUUUUCAGGUCAGUCAUAUGUCAGUCUUCAUUGUCUGGUGUUUAGUAAAAAGUAACAUGCUUUCACAUUAUUUUUGCCUUCAUCAAGCUUAAAAAGAAACAAAGUUGUAGCUGUGACUGACUGCAAUGCUCUCUCCUUCAACACUUUCGAAGACAAUUCCCAAAUGGCUCAAUCUAAAAUCAUUCAUUUCUUCAGUAUCUUGCACUAAUGCCAUCCAAAUUAACCCAGAAAUCAAUCAAAACACACCAAAUAUUACUGAUUUUGAUGCAAAGAUUCAAUCUUUGAGAAAUAAACUGUGCCCAGAUUACUUAAUCAAGGUUUUGAAAAGCACCAGUGAUAUUAACUCUGCUGUUAAGCUAUUCAAAUCGGCUUCUCUUCAAAGAAGGUUUAACCACACUGAUGAUACUUAUUAUUGGAUUAUUUUCAAGUUGGGCAUGGCUGAAAAUGUUGAGGAAAUGGAGGGGUUUUGUCAAAAUAUGGUGAAAGAUAGGUGCCCGGGUGUAGAAGAUGUUCUUCUUUCAUUGGUUGAUGCAUUUGUUAGAAAUUGUAGGCUUAAUGAAGCACUGCGUGUUCUUUUUAAUAUGAAUUUGGCUGGUAUUAAGCCUUCAAUUGAUGUGUUUAAUUUUGUAUUGGGCGCACUUGUGGAAGAGAAGAGAGGGUUUCAAGAUGUGGUUUUUGUUUAUAAGGAGAUGGUGAAAGCAGGAGUGGCACCUAGUAUUGAUACUUUGAAUUAUUUGCUGGAGGUUUUGUUUGAGACAGAUAGGGUUGAUUCUGCUUUGGAUCAAUAUAGGAGAAUAAACAAGAAAGGUUGUAUUCCUAAUAGUAGAACUUUUGAGAUAGUAAUAAAAGGUCUCAUUGCCAAAAAUAGAGUUGAUGAUUCAGUUACCAUUUUGCAUGAGAUGUUGGAACUCGGAUGCCUGCCUGAACUGAGAUUUUUUAGAUCUACAAUACUUUUUUUUUGUGGGGAAGAUAGACUGCAACAGGGGAUAAGGUUGUUUAGGAAGAUGAAAGAUUCUAAUUUUACCCCGGAUCCCUUUAUUUAUGGAGCUUUGAUACAAUGUUUGUGCAAGCACCUUAGGGUGGAUGAGGCAGUAAACCUUCUUGAAGAGAUGAUGGAAAGUCGGUUAACACCUGAUAAUAAUGUUUUUGUGGAUAUUGUAAAUGGGUUUUGUAAAUUAGGGAAGAUAAAUGAGGCUAUUAAGCUCUUGGAAGAUAAACAUGUGCACGUAACUUCUCCACACAAUGCAUUGCUCAGAUGUUGUUGUGAUGCCGAUAAAUUCUUCAUGGCCAAAGGUCUCCUUGAGAAGAUGUCUGAGAGAAAUAUCGAUGAUUGUGAUUCUUGGAACAUUCUUAUCAGAUGGCUUUGUGAGAAGGUGGGAGUGAUGAAUGCAUAUGAACUUCUAGGUAGAAUGAUUAUAUCUUCUUUGAUUCCUGACUGUGCCACAUAUUCCGCUCUUGUUGCUGGCAAUUGUAGAUUAAGCAAGUAUGAAGAUGCUCUACAGCUAUUUCUUCAGCUUCAUGCCAAGUUCUGGAUUUUAGAUCCUGCUUCUUACUCUGAGCUAAUUGAAGGACUGUGCAGGGGAGAAAAGUAUCUAGAAGCUGUUAAAGUGUUUUGCUACAUGUCUGAGAACAGAUGUUCUCUUCAGUCUUUGUCGUUUAAUAUGCUGAUCAAGGGUGUUCGUAACAUGGGAAUGCUUAAUGAAGCUGUCAGGCUACAAUUGUUGGCUUAUAAUUCUGGCACUUCUUGUUCCAAUUCUACAUGCAAUUAUAUAAUGCUUGGAUUGUCUAAAUCAGACAAGGGAAAACACAUGCUUGCUUUUCUCUCACAAAUGUUGGUUCAGGGUACCAAUCUUGAUAUGGAAGCAUAUUGCAUUUUGAUACAGAGCAUGAUUGCACAGAAACAAAUAAAGGAUUGCACUUUGUUUCUCAAUGUGAUGGUUAAUGAGGGCUUGGUACCUGAUUCAGACACAUUAUAUAAGCUACUGUCAUGUUUGGCCAAUCAUUCUCAGCUGUAUUUGAUAUCACUUUCACUUGAUAAACUUGUUUCUGACUGUGAAGUUCUAGAUUCAGCUAUGUUUAACAUACUUAUUAAUGGUCUGUGGAAAGAGGGCAACAAAAAUGAGGCUCAUCGACUGUUAGACUUGAUGCUGGAGAAGGGUUGGGUCCCAGAUUCUAUGACCCAUGGAUUGUUGAUUGGCUCUGGUAAUAGGGAGGGGACAGGUAAGGGGAAAUUGACAUAUAUUGAUAGCAUCAAAGAUAGUGUUAGUGACAUUCUAGUCGAGGGAUUGGGGGAAACAUGAAUCUGCAUUCACUGAAUGCCUUUUUUAAGGUGAAUGGAAUGCUAAGUACUUCCCCUUCCGUGGCAAUUCUGCCAAGACGUCUUUGUUAGUUGGAGGAAUAAUUUGCGAGCCACAUACUAGCUGAGGGAUUGUUUGUAACAUGAAUCUGCAUCCACUGAAUUUUGGAAAGAUAGAAGAUCUCAAUUUUUGACUCAUUGCUGAGCCCAAAUGGUCAGCCUGCAAAGUGUUGCAUGGGCUGCUUCUAUCAAUCACAAAUGUGGGUCACCUUUCCCAUCCAGAUGAGGGUGCCUUGGAAGGUGACUGCAAAUAGGAGAGAUGAUGGAUCUUUAGAGCUAGGGUGUCAACACAGCAUAUGGAAGAAAAAUAGACUUGCCUACAAGCUAAAGAUAUUUUCUGUUCAGAAAUUCAUCCAACUUGCAUUCAAGCUCGAGGAUGCCCUCUUUCUCCUCUUAUCUCCAGCUUCUCGGAUCUUCAUGCCCAUUAGUUUGCGGGCAGUUCCAGAUGUAUUUGUAGCUAAAUUUGCUUGUUUAAAAUCUUCAGUUGGUUUCUUUUGAUCAGGUUCGGGUCUAUUUUUCUCAAUUCCUAAUGGACGGUUCACAGCAAAUUGAUUGCUCUUGGAAUUGGAAGGAAUUGUUUAAGCUCGGAAGUAUUAUGUGGGUCAAAGUAAAGUAGUACCAAGUUUUUUUGGAGGCCACUGCAUACCCCGUAAUUCAGAUUCAGCUUUAGCAACUGGCUGUCCAUUUUAGUAGACUCCCUACCAAGUACAGACAAUUGGAGAGGAGGAAGCAAUCAGUCCUAUUUGUGAUUAUGCAGCAGUACUAAUGAAUGUCGUGAUCACAUCUUCUUCUCUUGUGCUUUUACUAAAGGAGUAUGGCAGCAAGUUUAGCUCUGACCAAGAUAAACAGAGAGGUGGGGGGGACUGAAAUUCUGAAUCAAGUUGUCUCAUUCAAUCUCGGCAGAAUUUUUUUAUUUUUUAUUUUUGGCUUUAAGCUGCUGUGACAUGUUUGGAAAACCAGAAAUAACACGAUUCACAAAGCUGGAGAUUUUUCAGGA